AUGCAACUUCAAUUCAUUUUUGCUAUCGUUUUUCUCUUUUUUUAUCAUUACACCCAAGAAGGAUGGGUAUACUUCCGCUCUAGUUUCUAUUUCAUUUCCUCUGUCGAGAAAUCCUGGGGAGACAGUAGAGACGACUGUCUGCAGAAAGGAGCAGACCUGGUGAUUAUCAACAGCAAAGAGGAAAAUGAGUUCACAAGACAGUUUAGAAGGCUCUUCUGGAUCGGACUGACUGACACAGAGACAGAAGGGACAUGGAAAUGGGUGGAUGGGACUUUGCUGAACACAACAACAAGCUUCUGGCACCCUGGGGAACCAAACUCCUCUGGUAACACUGAUGAAGACUGUGGAGAGGCAAGGUACAACUACGCCGAAUACAACUGGAAUGACAACAAAUGUAACACGCUGAAAUUCUGGAUCUGUGAGAAGAUGGCGGCUUGAUAACGCUGCACCCAAACGCACCACACUGGUAACUGAUCAGCUGCAGAGGAAGUGGCUCAUUAAAAUGCAAAGACAUAAACAGCCAAGCUACAUUUGAUUCGUUCCUGGGUCCUGGUAUUGUACAUGCUGCCUGUGUCAUUUGUUUCCAUACUGUAGCUUCUGUCAAUAUGUGGUUGCUGUUCUGACUAUUUGUUAUCAGAAUCACACUUUUUCUUAUGAAUAAAUGUUUCUUAACCACUUUG